CGCGACGAAUGAACAUGCGCCUUGUGCCACUGCGGCGCUGUCAGCCGAUCAUUUUCUGUAGUAAUCCAACGCCAUGACUGGAGCGCUGAGCGUCGUGUAUGGGGCGCUUUGGAGCUUCCUGCUGUGCUUGUUCGACGUAGCUUUCUUUUGGCAAGGGAGACUAUACGCGUGGUGGACGCAGAAGAGCCAGAGAGAGCUGCUGCUGGAAGCUCUCAACAAUGCAAGGCUCUUCGAGGAAUGGGAGGCCGCUGCAUACAAGCUCGAUGAGGUCCUCGACUAUGACAUGUGGCGGCAGACCGCGAUGAGCAAGGACUACGAUCACCGCCUCAUCCACCAGCGUCUCUACGCCCUCUACGAAGCCCAAGAAGACAAUGACGUUCUUGGCGUCAUCAACCUCCUCCGCAGCGGCCUCGUGCGAAACCUCGGAAAUAUCACCGCGUCGCGAUUGUACAACCGCGCUUACGCGGGAACAAAACUCCUGAUCGAAGACUACGUGACGCAGGUUGCUUACGCGAUCGAGAAUCUUACACAAUACCCCACGUCGAGGAACUCGGACACAGGGUUGACGAAUCAGGCAAAGCUGGAUGUUCUCCACGAUACGAGGCAGGCGUUUGGGAGAUCGGUUUUGGUACUCCAAGGCGGUCAGGUCUUUGGGCUGUGUCAUCUGGGUGUUGUCAAAGCGCUGCAUCUGCGCGGUCUGCUUCCCCGAAUCAUUGCCGGGACUGCGACUGGGGCGCUCAUCGCGGCCUUGGUGGGUGUUCACACGGAAGACGAAUUGCUCGAAUUCCUUACUGGAAAGAACAUUGAUUUGACGGCCUUUUCGAACAGGCCAUAUAGAAAUGGCGCUCGAGGUACCACGCGGCUCGAAACCCUGAUCCGCCGUGUCAAGAGAUGGUGGAAUCAAGGUCAUUUUCUGGACGUAGGCGUACUCGAGCAGGUUCUGAGGGCCAACGUCGGGGAUCUGACUUUCGAGGAGGCAUAUGCAAGGACAAAGAGAGUGUUGAACAUUACCGUCACGACUAGUAGUGGUGGCAGCGUGCCAAAUCUACUCAACUACCUAACAGCACCCAAUGUUCUUAUCUGGUCCGCAGCUCUGGCCUCCAACGCGACGUCCUCCUCGACACUGUACCACUCGGUCACGAUGAUGUGCAAAGACGAAGAGGGCAACGUGGUCCCGUGGUCUCCAGCCUCCAAGACUACUUUCCGCCCUUAUACGCAUGCAUCCUACCGUGACCGCGAGUCUCCUCUACAUCGCAUCGGCGAGCUCUUCAACGUGAACCACUUCAUCGUCUCACAGGCGCGGCCCUACCUUGCUCCCUUCCUGCGCUCCGACUUACACCAUCCCAACCCCAGACAAGAUGGGCGUCUAGGGCUGAGCAUGCCAAUUCUACGUCUGGUAGUGUUGGAAAUACAACACAGAUUGCAACAGUUGGAUGAGCUCGGGCUACUUCCUCCGUCAAUCCGUCGUUUCCUGCUCGAUGAGAACAUCCCCGGCCCGAGCCUUACGCUGGUCCCUGAACUCACUCCAAGCGACUUUUUUAAGCUGCUGGAGAACCCGACCAAAGAAGCAAUCGAUUACUGGAUACUCAAGGGGGAGAGGAUUGUGUGGCCAGCGGUCACAGCAUUGAAGAUUAGGUGUGCCAUUGAAGUAGAGCUUGACAGAGGAUAUCAGCUCGUUAGGCGCAGGAAGCCUUUCGAUCCUGUAGCAGGUGGGAGUAUUACCGCCGGUGAUCUUGGGAUAAAUUUGAGAAAGAGUACGAGUCGCGGUGAGGUGCAGUCCAUGUACGGAUGGGAUGGCGAUGCUAAAGGCAGUGAGAUCAGGCAAAGACCGACGAGGGCGGCAAGCUUUGCGGGUAGUGUCCCCUAAACAUUCAUUUAAUUUGAAGUUUACUUUGUCUGUGUAUAGGUAUCAUUUUCUUAGCAAUAACACCUUUUUGGCGGG